ACAAUUUUUUUUCCCUUUCUUUUGGUUGAUGCAUUAUUAUUAUUAUUAUUAUUAUAUGGUUUCGGAUCCCUAACUAACCGCUAUCCCUCCCUCCGUCCCAUGGCCAAAGCAUUCACCAAUUACAAUUGCAAAUGCAAAUAAAUGACAUAAACAUAAUCAAGAGAGACUGCAGUCGGAUUCCCAUUUUCCUUUAGUCCUUGAUUAUCUGCAGCCAUCACUUUGUUCAUUUAAUUUUUUCCCCUUUCAAAUUUCUCUGGUCACAAUCAUUCAACGUGGGCUCCGAGGCCCUUCCUAAGGGAUAUCAGAGGAUUCACACAACUGUGUUGCAGGAGACUACAUUUAUUGCCAAUAUCUACUCUAGCUAAGCUUAAGUUCUCUACUGCAUUUGGAUUUUUCCAAAGGGGAUUACACUAACCAUGGGAGAGUGGGUCAUUGGAGCAUUCAUCAACCUAUUUGGCAGUAUUGCCAUCAACUUUGGGACAAACCUUCUUAAAUUAGGUCACAAUGAGAGAGAAAGACAUUCAACAAUGGAUGGUGAAGGAAUUUCUGGAAAGAUUCCAUUGAAGCCUAUCAUAUACUUCCAAACUUGGAGAGUUGGUUUUCUCUUUUUCAUUCUUGGAAAUUGCCUAAACUUCAUUUCCUUUGGUUAUGCUGCUCAGUCACUUCUUGCCGCCUUGGGAUCUGUUCAGUUUGUAUCCAACAUUGCAUUUGCUUACUUCGUGUUAAACAAAAUGGUUACUGUAAAGGUACUAGUAGCCACUGCGUUUAUAGUUCUUGGAAAUAUUUUUCUUGUCGCCUUCGGCAACCACCAAUCUCCUGUUUAUACGCCGGAACAGUUGGCAGAGAAAUACGGCAACAUAACAUUCCUUCUUUACUGUCUGAUUUUGAUCUUACUUGUUGCAUUGCAUCACUCUAUCUACAGGAGAGGGGAACUUCUCCUUGCUGUUUCCGGGCAAGACCUUAGACCAUAUUGGAACAUGCUGCUUCCUUUUUCAUAUGCGGUAGUUUCGGGUGCUGUAGGAUCAUGCUCAGUUUUAUUUGCAAAAUCUCUCUCUAACCUUCUAAGGUUGGCGAUGUCCAAUGGUUAUCAGUUGCACAGCUGGUUCACAUACUCCAUGAUACUUUUAUUUCUUAGUACAGCUGGAUUUUGGAUGGCAAGGUUGAAUGAAGGGUUGUCACUCUUUGAUGCAAUCCUGAUUGUUCCCAUGUUUCAAAUUGCUUGGACUUUCUUCUCCAUUUGUACAGGAUUUAUAUACUUCCAGGAAUAUCAGGUGUUUGAUGCACUGAGGACAACUAUGUUCAUACUAGGAAUGUUGUCUGUGUUCAUAGGCAUUUCAUUAUUGGCACCUGAUGAGUCAAGAGGUGGUGAAAUAAAGGAGAAUUCACCUCUAGAUUCUGUUAUGUCUUCCAGCAGUUCGACUGAAACUGACAGGUUGAUCUUUCCAUCCAAAGAUGCACAAAAUAAGGAGACAAAAUCAUUUAUGCAAGGAAUGAUGAUGAAGAUCACUGAUAUGCUGGCCAAGGCAAAGCUAUUCCCUUUGCAGACAACAUGUUCGUUAUCACUAGGUUUUGGAGAGGAUUCCAUCAAUGCAUCUUCGGUACUUGUAAUGCCUAUGGUGUCAUCAAAGAUAACAGGCUUUAGAGGAAGUGGGUUUGAUCGGAAUCGGAUAUUCUCCAUGAGAAAUUCUAGUUGGAGUAGGGUUGCAAUGAAUGAAGAUAGUGCAAAGAUGUUGAAUGGAGGUCCUCUCCCUCAAAGCCUCCAAUAGGGAGAGCAAUGAACAAUGAGCAUUGAUCUUUGAUUCUUUUCCUUAUCUUUCGUCUUUAGUAACACGAUAGCUUAGGAUUCGAUUUGUUCUUGUGCGAUUUGUUGAACAUAUUCUUGCUUAUAGAAGCAUCACUUAUAUGUUACUACAUUGUAUAAUCUUUCUUAAUUGAUUGAACUGAAAGGAAAUUCCGAAUUUGGAGCAUGUAAUUAAGAAAAAGCAUACUGCUGGAUUACCAUGCCCUUUUUGGGUAAAUAUGAUGAUUUGUGUUCUUGUGUUAUAUAAAAUAUAAAA